AUGAGAUUAUACAGAGUUUUGUCCGUGCACCAAGAUCUGUCACUUUUCCAAAUCCAAAUGGAAUUGACUGAAUUUAUUUCUACAUAUAUUUACGCUAUUGAGAUCAUUGUGUUAUGUCUUGUUCAAGAACUUGCAUCCAGGUACCAAAGCCAUACUGCAGAAAAGACAAGCAGCACAAGCGAAAAGAAAGCUUUAGCAAAUCCAAAGAAAAUCAAUCACUACACUGAAAAAAAGAACAGAUUUAACCCAGAUGCAAUAAAUAUCAGACAGUCAUGGAGUAUUCGUGAAUCAAAACUCCCUCCACCACCACCAAAUCCAGGAAAUAUUGUCGCUAAAUCAACAGAAAAGAUUCUUGGCAUUCUCACUGGCCCAGCUAUUUCUUUCAUUACUUGGAUGUUCGUCGGUGACAAGCCAGGACUUAAAUUACCUUUCGAUUUACCUUCAUUUUUAGUUCCAUUGUUUACAAUCGGUCUUCCUGAAGGAACAUACACAUCCAGAGAUAUGUCGGCAUACGGCCUGUCUUUCAUUUUCAUGUUGUGCUCUUCUGUUUUUACAAAUCUCUUCCCAGUUGUUCAUCCUCACAUUUACGCCAACAACAAGGGACCACUAGUGAACUACGCUGAAGACUUUAUUCUUCAGGAUUACAAGUGGGAUCUCGAAAACGCUGAAGAAGAUCUCGAUAAAUUCUUACAAAAAAAAUUAAAAUCUGAAUAG